CUCCAUUCUCCCCACCCCUCUAUAGAAGGAGGAGAGACAGAGUAUGAUGCCUAAAAACUUGUAAAGAUGUGUAUUCUAUGAAGAAGACGUAAGGGCAGGAAGCUGUUCUAGAACAUGGGCUUUUGAUUUAAAAUUCUCAAGAGGAACAUUAGAGGGAGAAGGAAAUUUGUCCUCAGGCAUUUCUUUUCUCUCAGUCUAUGGAAAGAGAAGACAUGGGCACUUCAAAGUCAGUCAACCAAAGUUCUGCAAGUAGAACAAUGAAAAUAGCCCUGGUCAUCUUUAUAUGUAUUACGGGGAUACUGGCUCUACUGCUCCUGCUGGUCACUCAAGGACUUAUUAACUUCCACAAGGAACGCUAUUGUUUAACUCCGGAAUGCAUUGAAGCCGCUGCUUCUAUACGAAACAAAAUGAACCUUUCUGUUGAUCCUUGUGACAACUUUUUCCAGUUUGCUUGUGGUGGCUGGAUGGAAAGUAAUCCAAUUCCUGAUGAUCAGUCAAAUUAUGGAAUCUAUCCAUGGUUACGGAAUAAUGUGGACCUUAAAAUUAAAGCUCUACUGGAGAAAUCUAUCAGUAAAAGACGGGAUUCCGAGGCCACACAAAAGGCAAAGACAUUUUACAUUUCUUGUAUGAAUGAAACUGAAAUAGAGGAAGUUGAUGCGAAGCCUCUAACAAAAUUACUAAAGCAGCCAUUACUUCGCUGGCCGGUGUUAGAAUCUAAUAUUGGAAGUGAAGGCAGGUGGUCAGAGAGGAAGUUUAACUUUCUUCAGACUCUAGCAGAACUACGGGGACAAUACAGUACCUCGGUCUUCAUGCGGGUGUAUGUGGCCACAGAUGACAAAUUGUCCAAUAAUUUCAUUAUAAAGUUUGACCAAGCACCCCUGUCAUUGCUAUCUCAUGAGGACUACCUUGAUAAUAGUACUACUGCACUUCGAUACAGAGAUGCUUUAUUUAACUUCAUGGUGGAUGUGCCAGUUUUUCUUGGUGCCAAUAAGACUCGAGCAGAAUCUGAUAUGAAGGCAGUGAUUGAUCUGGAAACUAAAAUUGCUCAGAUUAUUGUACCACAUGACAACAGAACUAGUGAAUCUAUGUAUAAUAAAAUGAACAUCUCAGAGCUCAGCACUAUCAUUCCCCAGUUUGACUGGUUAACCUACGUGAAGAAAAUUAUUGAUUUCAAGAUGUAUCCUGAACUAAAAGAAAUUGAUUCUUCAGAGGAAAUCAUUGUCCGGGUGCCACAGUAUUUUAAAGAUCUGUUUAGAAUAUUAGAGAAUGAAGACAAAAGGACUAUUGCAAAUUACCUGAUAUGGAAAUUUGUAUAUUCAAAGAUUUCAAAUCUCAGUAGACGGUUUCAGUAUUUACAACUGGAGUAUGUACGGGUUAUUUUAGGUACAAAUUCUUUGGCUGCACGCUGGGACAGAUGUGUAAAUUAUAUUGAAAAUGCUCUCCCAUAUGCUGUAGGAAAGAUGUUUGUGGAUUCUUAUUUCCAAGAGGACAAGAAAUUAAUGAUGGAAGAAGUGAUUGAUGGAAUCCGCUGGGCUUUCAUUGACAUGCUGAACAAAGAAAAUGACUGGAUGGAUGAAGAGACCAAAAAUAAGGCCAAGGAAAAGGCAAAAUCUGUAAUGGCAAAAGUUGGAUAUCCUGGGUUUCUAAUGAAUGAAACCUAUAUCAAUGAAGACAUUAAAACACUAAAAUUUUCAGAGUCAGACUAUUUUGGAAAUAUACUUCAGACACUACAUUUUCUAUCACAAUCAGAUUUCUAUUGGCUGAGGAAAGAAGUUCCAAAGAAAGAGUGGUAUACCAGUCCUACCACUGUGAAUGCAUUUUACAGUGCAUCUACAAACCAAAUAAGAUUCCCAGCUGGAGAGCUUCAGAAGCCUUUCUUUUGGGGAACAGAAUAUCCACGAUCCCUCAGCUAUGGAGCAAUUGGAGUCAUUGUUGGCCACGAGUUCACACACGGCUUUGACAGUAAUGGAAGGAAGUAUGACAAAGAUGGAAAUUUACAUCCAUGGUGGACUACAGAAUCAGAGGAAAAAUUCAAAGAAAGAACAAAAUGUGUUGUGGACCAAUACAAUGAUUAUUACUGGAAGCUAGCUGGAAUGAAUGUAAAAGGAUCAAAGACUUUGGCAGAAAAUAUUGCAGACAAUGGUGGAAUGAGAGAAGCCUUUCGUGCAUACAGAAAAUGGAUUCAAGACCAAAGAAAUGGAAAAGAGGAAUUACUUCUUCCUGGCAUAGAUCUUAACCACAACCAACUGUUUUUCUUAAGCUAUGCUCAUGUAAGGUGCAAUACUUUUCGCCCUGAAGCUGCAAGAGAUGUAGUCAUGACUGGAGUACAUAGCCCACCUCAGUUCCGGGUAAUUGGCGCAAUGAGUAAUUUUGAAGAAUUCCGUAAAGCUUUCAAAUGUCCAGAGAACACAUUAAUGAAUCGUGGAAAUAAUUCAUGCCGAGUGUGGUAGAAGUGAAGCCUCAUUUUAUGUAAUACAAGGACUGCUGUUUAAGCUGCUGUAUAAAUUGUUUUAUGGCAUUUCAUUUUUCGAAACCAAAGAGGAUAAUCCACUUUAACAUCUUAAAGCUAUUUGAAAAAAAAAUAUAUAUAUAUAUUAUGGGGAUUAAAUGUUUGUGCUUUUUUUUUUUUUUAAUCAUUAUUCAUGGAUACAUCUCACAUGCUAAGAAAGCCUAGCCAAAUAUAUGCUGUUCUUGUGUAUUGUAACACAAAAGUGGACCUUAUUUUAAAAAACAACAAGCUGAUCAGUUGAUCAGUUGUAAGACUUGGCAAUAAGACAGGAAAUAAAAAUAAAAUCAAAAGGUUGAAAUAUAAUUGCUCCAAAAAAUUAUUAUUGUUUUUUUUUUUUUAAUGUCUUUCUUUCCAUUUCCAUGAAUUUAGAAUUAAUGUUUAAAACAAAGUAAAAGAGUUUGGCGGUGUAAACAGAUAUGAUGCUUUAUUUGGAAUCUCCUUUAUGUACGCACCUACACAGUCCAUAUUAGGAAAUCCUCAGGCAUCAUCCUGAACUCUGUCCUCCCUCGUUCAAAACUCUCUCCUCCCUCAGACACAACUCUGUGCUGGCUCAGGCCAAUAACUCUGCAGAGUGUCAUCCAUCCUGAAUGCCUGAGGCCACACAUCUGGGAGUUGCAGUUUUUCAACAGCUUGAGGCACCCUGGUUGGGAAACACUGAACUAUGCAUUUAUGCUCCCUUUCCCCUCUCUGCUCGAGACUGCUUGCAUUGCCGAGAGCUGAGGGAGGUAUGUUUGGCCUCAGCCAAUCAGGGAGGAACACACUCUGCAGAGCUUUCGGCUUGAGACAGAAGCAGGGCAUUUGUCUGAGGUUGGAGGGAGUUUGGACCGAGGGAAGAGGGAGUUUUGAAUGAGGAAGGAGGGAGGACGGAGAUUUGCCUGAGGUAGGACGAAGUUUGGUCUGAGAGAGGAGGGAGUUCAGGAUGAUGCCUGAGGAUGUCCUAAUAUAGACACCACAUGCUCCAAAUCCAUAUGUAGCUAUGUCAGAGUUUAGUUUGCCAUUUGGUGCUACCCACCAAUAUAUUAUAUAUUUUUUACUUCCAUUAAACUCUUGGUUAAAAGGGAUGUCUGGUUUAUAUAUCACUUUAGGUUAUACUUCAUUAUUUGAGAGACCCUUCUCAAUCAGCCUGAGUUACAAAGAGAUUUCUCUUUCUGGAGCAGUGUUUCCCAACUAGUUCACCUCCGGGCAUGGUGGGAGUUAUAGUUUUGCAACAACUAGAGGCACCCUGGUGGGGAAACACUGCUCAGAAGGAUCAAUAAUAUUCCAUUAGUUUCAAUGGGCAGCAUGUAAUGCUUCAUUUAACCGGUGGUGGUUCUGCAGGGAAACUGAACACUUGCUGUCAGUGUAUAGCUGAUCAUUGCAUCAUUCCAUGGACAUCUAGUUUUUUUGUGAAGCACUUAAAAAAAUAAAGGAUUGUCCAAAGUGAACACACCAUAUAACCCCUUAAGGACCAAGCCCAUUUUCACCUUAAGGACCAGUGACCACUGUCACUUUAAGCAAUAAUAACUCUGGGAUACUUUUAGUUAUGAAAUUGAUUCCGAGAUUGUUUUUCCGUGACAUAUUCUACUUUAAUAAAUUUGUAAAUUUUCAUCAAUACCUGCCUCAUUUCUUGGUGAAAAUUUCCAAAAUUUCAUGAAAAAUUUGAAAAUUUUGCAUUUUUCUAACUUUGAAGCUCUCUGCUUGUAAGGAAAAUAGACAUACUAAAUACAUUAUAUAUUGAUUCACAUAUACAAUAUGGCUACUUUAUGUUGGUAUCAUAAAGAUGACAUAUUUUUACUUUAGUAAGACAUCAGAGGGCUUCAAAGUUCAGCAACAAUUUUCAAAUUUUUCACAACAUUUACAAAAUCAGAAUUUUUCAGUUUUGAUGUGGAUUUGAGGGGCCUUUAUAUUAGAAAUACCCCAUAAAUUACCCCAUUAUAAAAACUGCACCCCUCAAAGUAUACAGAAUGACAUUAAGAAAGUUUACCCUCACAAGAAAUAGAUGACCUGGCACUGUCUCAAUUCUAAAUAUUUCCGAGGAUUAUCCUGUUGGCAUACAGGAAAUGCACAGCCUAGUUUGAUUCAGUGUCCAUGUCUAGUGUUUCUCAAGUAAGGCACAGCAUAACCAUACAUUCACAAGGAGAAAUUAGCUCGGAGCACUCACCUCGGACACCACGUUCUUU